CACCAAGAAGCACCUGAGUGCAGCCCGCGCGUAUUUAAGAACACCAUAAAAACAAUUGACAGGAGACUCAGCUGUAGCUCCAGGAUCUAUAAAAAAAAAUUCCACAGACAUGUCAGUCCCCUCACCGUUUGCCUUGGCGAGUGUACUCAUCUCCAUACUGGCCUUCGGCGCGUGCGGUGUUGAGGCGCAAGAUUACUCGUGCUCCUACCACGACAGGCCCCACCCUCACGGUCUGUGUGGCUCAAAGCUUUCGGACACUGUCCACACAAUUUGUGCGAUACACGGUCUUCGUGUGGGCAAGAGAGAUGCUGACACUGAUGGAGACGAGAAACUGAACGAAUUCCUGUUGGCGAAGAAGAGCGCCCUGACCUACCUGAGCAAGCGACAGAACCGAGGCAUCACGUGUGAGUGCUGCUACAAGACGUGCACAACUCACGAGAUCCUAGGCUACUGUGUAUGAUUCAGGCACAGCCCGACUCUAGAGUUGGAUCUGCUUACCGAGAAUGAAUGGCGGGAAAUAAACUAAUGAUA